AUGGCGUUGCUCCUGUGGCUGGGGUCCCAGCUGUCAUCCUGCUGGAGCAACCUCUCUAUACUGGGAGUUUUUCUUGCCGUCUUCACUUUACUCCUUGACUUCAUGAAGCGCAGGAGGAAGUGGAGCCAUUACCCCCCGGGCCCAGUGUCGCUGCCGUUCAUCGGGACCAUGCUCAGCAUCGACUUCCGCAACCCCCACCGCUCCUUCAACCAGCUUCACGAGAAGUUUGGAAACAUCUUCAAUCUCCAGAACUGCUGGACCAACCUGGUAGUACUGAACGGGUAUAAAACAGUGAAGGAAGCCCUGGUCCACAGAGCGGAGGACUUCGCUGACCGCCCCUACUUUCCAGUAUAUGAACAUCUGGGCUACGGAAAUAAAUCUGAAGGGAUUAUUAUAGCAAGAUAUGGGCACGUCUGGAAGGAGCUGAGGAAAUUCACGCUUUCUACCUUGAGGAACUUCGGGAUGGGAAAGAAAUCCUUGGAAGAGCGAGUGUCAGAGGAAGCAGGAUUUCUGUGCUCUGCAGUCAAUUCUGAAGAAGGUCGUCCUUUUGAUUUACGUUUUCUUAUAAGCAAUGCAGUCUGCAAUGUGAUCUGCACCACCGUCUACGGAGAGCGUUUCGACUACAGUGAUGAGACAUUCAAGAAGCUCUUACGUUUGUUUGAAGGCUCCCUGAAUGAGGAAGCUGGAUUCCUGCCUCAGCUGCUUAACGUGGUGCCCGUUUUGCUGCGCAUCCCCGGAGUGCCACAGAAAGUCUUUCGAGGGCAAAAGGCGUUCAUGGACUUCAUAGACGUGCUCAUAGAUAAGCACAUGGAGACCUGGAACCCUGCACACGUCCGAGAUUUCACUGAUGCGUUUUUAAAGGAAAUGGAGAAGGGUAAGGCGGCAGAAGAGAGCGGUUUCAACUAUAACAACCUUCGUCUGGUGACCGCAGACUUGUUUGUGGCUGGUACCGAGACCACCUCCACCACGCUCCGGUGGGCUUUACUGUACAUGCUUCUCCACCCAGAAAUACAGAGUAAGGUCCAAGCAGAGAUUGACGAGGUGAUUGGCAGAGGGAGAUCACCCACCAUGAAGGACCAAGAGAGCAUGCCCUACACCAAUGCUGUGAUCCAUGAAGUGCAACGCUACGGGGAUGUCAUUCCUAUUGGGCUACCUCACAUGACGUACCGGGACACCGAGUUGCAAGGCUUCUUCAUUCCCAAGGGGACCACAGUCAUCACCAACUUGUCAUCCGUGCUGAAGGAUGAGGCAGUCUGGGAGAAGCCAAACGAGUUUUACCCCGAACACUUCCUGGAUGCCAGCGGGCGGUUUGUGAAACCAGAGGCCUUCCUGCCUUUCUCAGCAGGUCGCCGUGCCUGCCUAGGGGAACAGCUGGCCAGGAUGGAGCUCUUCAUUUUCUUUACCACCCUUCUGCAGAAAUUCACCUUUGUGCUGCCUGAGGACCAGCCCAGGCCAUGGGAAGACGGUCGCUUUGCUGUCACAAGCUCCCCACACCCAUACCAGCUGCGAGCUAUCCCCAGAUAA